GUGCGCCAGCGCGGAUCAUGGCGAGCAGUAAAAAGAGUGCGCUUCUUUCCUCUCUAGCGGCUUAUGGAGACGAUUCAGAGCAAGAUUCGGACCCAGAUUCGGACCCAGAUUCGACGAAAUCUCAUGGCGGAUUGGUGUCGGCCAGUUACGGGGUGGAUGACGUGAGUCGCGUGGAGGAAGCAGAUGAAAAGGGCUCAGAGAAUGAGGACAGUGAUGACAGCGCCAGAAAUUCGGAAGAUGAGGAGUCAGACUCAGGGCGAGCCCAAGAUGAUGUGAAGGACGUGCAGGAAGGAGAGACCAAAGACCCCCAAGAGCUUGUUGCACAGUUUUCUGAGAAGGUUCGGAACAUGUCGCCUGAUGAGAUCCGAAUUCCUCCUGAACCACCUGGGCGUUGUUCCAGUCAUCUGCAGGAAAAGAUAUAUAAACUUUACGAAAGGAAGCAACAUGGAGACUUUGACACAAACAGCCACAUACAGAAUAAGAAAGAGUUCCGCAACCCAAGUAUUUAUGAGAAGCUAAUCCAGUUCUGUGGCAUAGACGAACUUGGAACCAAUUAUCCAAAAGACAUGUUUGACCCCCAUGGCUGGUCGGAGGAUUCCUAUUAUGAGGCACUAGCCAAAGCUCAGAAAGUGGAGAUUGACAAACUGGAAAAAGCUAAAAAGGAGAGGACUAAGAUUGAGUUUGUGACUGGCACCAAAAAGGGCACCAUUACUAAUGCGGCGGCCAUGACCACAAACACCACAACUGCCUCAUCUACAGAUGCCCAGAAGAGAAAGAGUAAGUGGGACUCAGCAGUACCGGUGACCCUGGCACAGCCUGCUCUCCUCACCACCACUGCCACCCUCCCUGGAGUCGUCUCUGUGACCACAACAGCUAGCGGCACCAAGACUACAGUCAUCUCUGCAGUGGGAACCAUUCUCAAAAAAGCUAAGCAAUGACACAGCCCUGGUGAAGAGAGACAUGGUUUUUCUCUGGUUGCCAGAUUCAUAUUUAUCGGCAGUGCAACAUGCUUACUCCACAGAUCCUGCUCAUUUUUUUUAUUUAUUUUUUGUUUAUUUUAUUUCAGCAAGAAUGUUGAUUUUUAACUAUCUGGCGAUUGGAGUAGAUGGUCUUUAUCUAAUUUUUGGAGGAAGAGAAGAAAAUAUUUUGUAUAUGACGGUGUAAUUACAGCACAGAGACGAUUUGACUCUUUCAACUUCAUUUGAUGUUGUUUGUUGAAGCUUUGAUUUCUUGGUUGAACUAUCUUUGUCUUUGCCCAGAAUGUUUCUACUGAAUCAAUUUAAGUAGAAAUGAUCAUACAGCUUUGAGUCAAACAUAUGAAUGGUCAUAAGUUUUUGUUUCUCAUCAAACAUGCAGUAAUUUAUUGCUUAUGAGUAAUUUGCUUUUUCUCUUUUUUUUUUUUUUUUUUUUUCAGCAACAGUGUUUGAUUUAUAUCUGGUCAGUUCUGCCUAUCUAUCUUUUCCAUUUUUAUGUCUUGAUAAAGGUUUGGGAAAGGUCAUGUCACACAGAACACCAAUUAAACAUCCAUCACAGGAGUAUUCAGUUAGUAUCUUAUUACUAAAAUACCAGAUCAGGAUUAUUUGACUGUUUAUGAGGAGAAAAAAAGUUGUUCUUUCAAUUCACUGUAAGUAGAUUUUUUACAGAGUUUUUCCUCCUACAUCAUUCUACCUUUUUAUUUAUGUAUAUAUUAAAAUGACUUCAUGUAUUCUCUGUAGCUCAGU